GCAUGCGCAAUGACGUCUCAGUCGCCUGCGGACCCCGGAAGUGCAGCUCGAACUUGGUCGGGGCGCGGAUCCCGAGAGGGAAAGUCAUAACAACCGCACGAGGGAGUUCGUCUGGCGAGCUGGAAGGCCACGCCUCCUCCCGCCUCCCCCCGCAGCCCUGUAGCUGGGGGCAGAGCUCAGAUUUAUUAUCUAGGAUUGAUUUGGAUGAGCUAAUGAAAAAAGAUGAACCACCUCUUGAUUUUCCUGAUACCCUGGAAGGAUUUGAAUAUGCUUUUAAUGAAAAGGGGCAGUUAAGACACAUAAAAACUGGGGAACCAUUUGUUUUUAACUACCGGGAAGACUUGCACAGGUGGAACCAGAAAAGAUACGAAGCUCUAGGAGAGAUUAUCACAAAGUAUGUAUAUGAGCUCUUGGAAAAGGACUGUAAUUUGAAAAAAAUCUCGAUUCCAGUAGAUGCCACUGAGAGUGAACCAAAGAGUUUUAUCUUUAUGAGUGAGGAUGCUUUGACAAAUCCACAGAAACUGAUGGUUUUAAUUCAUGGUAGUGGUGUUGUCAGGGCAGGUCAGUGGGCUAGAAGGCUUAUUAUAAAUGAAGAUCUGGACAGUGGCACACAGAUACCUUUUAUUAAGAGAGCUAUGGAUGAAGGAUAUGGAGUAAUAGUACUGAAUCCCAAUGAAAACUAUAUUGAAGUAGAAAAGCCAAAGAUCCAUGUACAGUCAUCUUCUGAUAGUUCAGAUGAACCAGCAGAAAAACGGGAAAGAAAAGAUAAAGUCUCUAAAGAAACAAAGAAGCGACGUGAUUUCUAUGAAAAGUAUCGUAACCCCCAAAGAGAAAAAGAGAUGAUGCAGCUGUAUAUCAGAGAAAAUGGUUCUCCUGAAGAACAUGCAAUCUAUGUGUGGGACCAUUUCAUAGCCCGGUCUGCAGCUGAGAAUGUGUUUUUUGUUGCUCACAGCUAUGGAGGACUUGCUUUCGUUGAACUGAUGAUUCAACGAGAAGCAGAUGUAAAAAGUAAGGUAACUGCUGUGGCGUUGACAGACUCUGUUCACAAUGUGUGGCAUCAAGAAGCAGGCAAAACGAUUCGAGAAUGGAUGAGAGAGAAUUGUUGUAAUUGGGUCUCUAGCUCAGAACCAUUAGACACGUCAGUGGAGUCCAUGCUGCCCGAUUGUCCCCGAGUCUCAGCAGAGAGAGACACAGCGAGAGAGGGAACACAAGCAGGGGGAGUGGAAGAGGGAAAAGCAGGCCUCCCACGGAGCAGGGAUCCCGAUGCGGGGCCCGAUCCCAGGACCCCGGGACCAUGACCUGAGCCAAAGGCAGACGCUCAACGGCUGAGCCACCCAGGCGCCCCUAAAUGAGUUUUAAAUAAUGCAGUUAGCAUUAUAAAAUACUGCCUUCAUUUUUUUCAAAAAGUUAUCUUCACUGUUGAAGAAAUUAUAUCUGGAACCAAAUUCCUUGUACUUGGACAAAAAGGUAUAAUUUUUCAUUGCAACUUCUGCUAUUCCAUUAGGGAAACAACCCACAGUUUUGAGAACGCAGAUAAUUAACCAGAGGUAAAUUACCUUUAGUUCCUUGUCACCAAGGCCUGAACAGCCGGGUGAUCUCUCUCCUUCCUUCUCCUUUCACUUUCUGUUCCACUUUCCGUGACCAAAGCCCAGCUGAGCUAUGGAAGGAGGACAGUCCCGCUCCAUUGUUAUAAAUGCUCUUGGACAAGUUUUUCCUGGCUCAGUCUGUCCCACAGCCUCCCGUGCAUGGAACAGGGGAGAGAUGGGUGUAUGUUAAGCCUACUUAUCCCUCCCCCUUGACCAGUUAAAAAUCACUUCUUGUUCUCUCCGAAUUUUCUUUCUCAUCUCCUUCUAAGCUGAAGUAAUUCACUGAGUUUAGGCUUAAUUGAAAAUGAAAAGCCAAGAGCUUUCCUUUCAGGGGAAGGAGAACCACUGGUUCAGCUCCCUUACCCUUGUCCCAAAUGGUAACUUUAUAGAAAAGUGCAUAUUUUUAGCAUAUAAAAACUGUUUGGCACAGAUACCCUAAUUGUCUUAUCACUUGUUUGACGACAGUGUUUAUAGUUUUGUUUUAACCAGGAGAGAGAAUGGAGAAAGCACAGUUGAGGAAAAUAGAGGAGAGUGGCUGACAGAAUAAGAGGAUAGGGGUAAAACUCAAAAGAUGACGUCAUGGUGCAUAGCCUUGCUGAAUCUCAUCUCUCCCCCAUGAUACACUAUGAGGCUGUGCGAAAAGAGACAGUGAUUAUAUCAAGAGCAUUAUCAUCUCGGUGUUCCUGGCAUGCACACAGAGUUAUAAGGAAGUCAUAUAAUUUUGUUUGUCGUUUGUAUAAUUGAUGUCUUACCACAGAUAUUUAGUUAGGUGUGUAUAAAUACAUUUCAUGUAUAUGUGUAUGGUAUACUGCAUACAAAUAUAACACUUGAGUGUAAGUAUGAACAGUUGUGACAAUUUUCCUAAGAAUAUAUCGUAUGCAUCUGUGUUGAGAUAGGCAUGCUAUAAUUAUGACAAUUAAAGACAUUUAAAGGUAGCAAACAGAUUUGUUUUUAUAUAUAAUAAUUUAUUUACCCUGGUAGCUGAACUCAACACAGUAUCUCCUUUUUAGCUUACUUUUAUCCGUGAGGGGAUAAUGUGUUUAAUUAAGCCCUCUUGUCUAUAAGCAAUAGAGAUCCACUCAGCUACCUUGGAUUGAAUUUAUAGUUUGUCUCCUGAAGAAGGUUCGUACAGAGAAUAUAAGAACUGAACUCUGGGGGCGCCUGGGUGGCUCAGUUGGUUAAGCGACUGCCUUCGGCUCAGGUCGUGAUCCUGGAGUCCCGGGAUCGAGUCCCGCAUCGGGCUCCCUGCUCAGCAGGGAGUCUGCUUCUCCCUCUGACCCUCCUCCCUCUCAUGCUCUCUGUCUCUCAUUCUCUCUCUCUCAAAUAAAAAAAAAAAAAAAAAAGAACUGAACUCUGUACUGAAAUUGUAAUUUAAGCCAUUUGGACUUUUUAAUGUUGUUCUAAAGUGAAAGGAACAGAAUAAGAGUUAUUGUGAAGGUACUCAUUGUCUUGUCAUUGGAAAGUCAUUGACAAUUAAUACUGCUGUUCAAAGCUUCUACUCCUGCCACUUGUCUCUCAUGAGACAUGUAUCUCUCUAGAGGAAUCUGUUUCUCUCUGUCAUGCCUCUAGUCACUAUAUAUGGACCAGCUUUUUCCUCUUGCUUAUUCUUUCUGCCCACUCAGAACUUUGGCAAAUGAAUAGCCUUUGGGUCUCUCCAGUUCUGACUUUACUUCAGCUGCAGGCCCCCCCCAAUACCUUGGUUUCUUCCAUUCAAUUCUUAAGGAAAUUAUUAUAUUUUUUUUUUUUGCAUCUCUUUGCUUCAGAUCAUAGAUGAUGGUCCUAUCGAUUGGCUGCACUUAGAUCAGUAUCCAUCCCAGGCUCAGUCAGCUGUGGAUGGAAGGUGCAGGGUUAUAUGGUAAAAAAAGACACCCCUUCUGCUGUCCUUUGAAACAGGUCUGUAAUCAAUUUAGUUUUACUACAAGGGGUGGUUGGUGAGCAGAUACCAUCACUGACACCUCUAGUAUAUGUGAGUGUGUGUGUAUAUAUAUGUCUAUAUACAUAUAUAUACAUGUAUAUAUAUAUAUAUAUAACAUGUGCUAUAUAGCACACAGGUUAACUCCCUGAUAUGGGGACUAUGAGCCAAACUAUUAACUGUUAACCAAACUAUUAACAUGAUCCAUUGCUUAAAUGUCACUCCUCAAGGAAGUCUCAGGCUACACUCCCUGUAUGCUCCUACCAUAUGGUCCCAUAAUACUCUGUAUUUCAUCACCAUCAUAAAACUCAUCACUAUUAUUAUAAUUACUUAAUGCCUCUCUCCUCUCACAAACUCUAAGUCUGUGAAAAGAGGAACCAUAUCUUUCCUGCUCACCAUUCUGUCACCUGUAUCUGGCCCAGUUCCUGGUUUAUAACAGUAUCCAAAUGUUUAAGUUAUUUGAUUAAUAAAUGCCUUAAGUCUCUAGGAAUCAAGAGGUUUAAAUUAGAAGUUUAGUAAUCAUCCAAAAACCAACUCUUCUUCCUAAAUGUCCCCCAUUUCUGACAGUGACAAUAUCAGUAUUUGUCACACAGGUAUUGAUUCAUCCCUCUCUUCAUCAUCAAGGCAGUCAAGUUUUCUUGGUUCUUUCUUUCUCUUUCCUCUGUAAUUUUUUCUCCAUUGCCGUUGCCAGCUAUCUCAGUCCAGGUCUUCUUCACCUCCACCUACCUGGUCUCCUGGGCUCUAAGUUCUCACCCUCUAUAUAUCCUACAUAGCUUCCUAAAAAGCAGCUUUUGACACCUCUUUCUCUGUGAGAAAAACUUUGUUGGCUCCGCUUCUGCCUAAAGAAUGAAAUCCAAAUUCUUAAGUCCUUCGCUCUCUUGUUCUUGCUAAAUCUCUAAUUAGGUUUUCUACUACUGUCCUACCUGAACUCUUUCAUUCUAUCCAAAUGAGUCUACCUCUUCUCUGCAUCUGAGCAUCUCCAUCCACCCUUGUCUGCUUCUCUUCUUCCUUCCGCAGGACUUAACUAUUACUCUUAUUCUUUCAAAACCCACCUCAAGUUCUACUUUCUUCAGAAGGUUGUUCCUAUUGCCCAAAAGUCCUCAGUAAUCACUUCUUAUUCUAAAGUUAAAGGACUUACUAUCUCUGCCAUUCAGCUGACCUUUACCAUAGGCUACCUGACAAUAUUGGGGGUUUUUUUAUAUGUACAGUAUGAUAGUGAGGAGUGUGAACUGCAAUCAGACUGCCUGGGUUCAAAUCCUGCCUCCACAAGUUAACGUCUGGGUAAACUGAGCAAGUUGCCCAACCCCUAUAAACUUGAGCUAUGUCAUCUCUAAAAUGGGGAUAACAGCACUUUCCUGUUGUGAGAGUUCAACAUAGUAAAUCAUCUAAAGCAUAGUGAAUGUUCAAUAAAUGUUUUUUUACAAAAUUAUUUGCUCAUUAUUGAUUAACUGGCUAUUUUUAGGUACCUGUUAUAUGCUAGACACUGUCCUAGAUAAAAAUAGUAUAAAGGGGUUAAGAUAACAACCUCUGCUAGCAAGGAAGUCACUUCUCUCCUAACUCCCAAUUAGACUCCAAGCCCCCCCUUGCAGUCACAUUCACAUAAUCCAUACAUCCUUACUGAUAUUUGCUAUCCUCAAAACCCUGUGCCAGGCACAGGGAAUUUACAGGGAGGUAUAACAUAAAGUCCAUGACAUGUUAACUACACUGGAAUUAAAUUAAAAAAUUAGAAGUCCAUGACCUUCAAGACCAUUAUAACUAAAGCCCCUAGCAUUGUGCUUUGCACAUGGUGAGAACUCAAUAAAUGUUUAUUGGCAUCAAAGAGCAUGGCAGUGAUGAUGAAGACUCUAGAGCACCACAAUUUCUAGCCUCUUUUUAGAGCUGUUAACUUUAUUUGGCUUCUUCUUGUCUUCAUUUUCCACUGAAUGAAUGCCAGGAAGUCAUUUUCAAUUUUUUUCUGUCUGAUCAAGGCUUAGAUAAUGUCUGCUUCUUUUGGUAGCUAAAUAUCCCCCAAACUCAGUUUCGUGCUUCAGUGAGAAGAUAUUAUGGUAUUGCCAAUGGAAACCACUUCACAUUUGGGCAACAUCAUGAUGUCUAAGUGGCUCAGAUUCAAGUUUCAGUAUAGAUUCUGGUUCCUGCACAUUUGCUGUCAAAAACUACUUUAUAGGAGCCAAACUGUGGAACCCUUCCAAGUGUUAGGCACUAUUAGAAGUACCAUUAAAGUAUUGCAGAGCUUCAAAAGAUUAUGAAAUUCUGAUUUUUUAACAUAAUAUGUUCUAUGGUACUUCCAUGAAAUUUUAAUGAGUCCCUUGUUUCUGUCAUGGGGCUAAAAGCGAUUAAUAGCCCCCAGUUUUUGUACCAUUACAGGUUUAGAGACAACUCUUGAGUUGAAACUACUAAAAUAAUUAUAUACUGUUUUUAUACAACAGUGGAUAGAUAGAACAAUUCUGGUUUUCAAAUGUAACUGUGAAAUAAAACUUCAAGAAAACAUAGUUGUUUUUAUUUAUGCUGUACAGUUUAGUCCCCUCCCCAAACCCUGUCCCUCUUUACUUCCUUGGUCAGCCUUAUACAGGCAAUAAGACUUAUACAAGAUAUAAUGAUUAAAGUGAGGAUUUUAUAAUAUAAAAAAUUACUUAGAGGUAAAGAUAAUUGUCCACCACCCUAUGGUAUGAUAGUUAUAUUAAUUUAGCAUAAAAUUUAUCUCUAGCUUCCUACAGUCAAGGAAAAGGAAAUAAUAACCGACAAUAUCUUCUUCACUAGAAAAGCUAAAGCAUAUACACUCUUCUGAAAAGAUUGUUUCCUUGCAAUAAAUAACAAAGAAAUCAUCACAUAUUUACUUGUAAACGAGCAAUUAUUUAUGGAAUUAUUUUAGUGUCUCCUUCCCCGAUCAGAUUGUAAACUCCCUGAAGUCAGUGAGCACAUGUGUCUUGUUAAUCCCCAUGACUCCAACUCCUAGAAAAAAUUGUUGGUUGAAAUUGAAAUGAAAUGAAAUCACGGGGAUUCUUAUCCAAGAAAGACUAACUAACAUAAUGGGCCAUAUCUUCCAUGAAUGUAUUUAUAGGAAGUCCAGUUAGCAUUCCUUAUACUGUUGAUUUUUUAAAAUAUUUUAUUUUCAUUUUUUUCACUUUUUUGAGGUAGAGUUGACAAAAUUCUAAGACACUUAAAGUGUACGUCAUGAUGAUCUAAUAUACAUAUUGAAAAGGAUUCCUCCCAUCUAAUUAACAUACCCAUCACCUUGAAUAUUUAUCUUUUUUUGUGUGUGAGAAUAUUUAAGUUCUACUUUCAACAAAUUUCAUUUACGUAAUGCAUUCUUAUUAACUAUAGUUACCAUGUUUUAGAUCCUCAGACCUUAUUUAUCCUAUAGUUGAAAGUUUGUAUCCUUUUACCAACCUCUCCCUAUUUCCCCCAACCCCAGCCCCUGGCAACCACGUUUUUCCUCUCUAUUUCUAGGAGUUUGACUUUUUUUUUUUUAGAUUCCACAUAUAAGUGAUACCAGGCAGUAUUUGUCUUUCUCUGUCUGCCUUAUUUCACUUAUCGUAAUGCCCUCAGAGUCCGUUCAUGUUGUUGCUAAUGGCCAGAUUUCCUUCUUUCUCAUGGCUGAAUGAUAUUCCCCUGUGUGUAUAUUUAUAUAUCUUUAUCUAUUCAUCCAUUGAUGGACACCUAGGUUAUUUCCAUAUCUUGGCUAUUGUGAACAGUGUUGCAGUGAUCAUGGGAGUGCAGAUAUCUCUUCGAUAUCCUGUUUUCAUUUCCCUUGGAUAGAUACUUAGAAUUGGGAUUGCUGGAUCACUUUGUAGUUCUAUUUUUAAUUUCUUGAGGACCUUCCAUACAGUUUUCCAUAGUGACUGUACCAAUUUACAUUCCUCCCAACAAUACACAACGGUUCCCUUUUUCCCACAUCCUGGCCAACACUUUUAUCCAUUGUCUUUUUGAUGAUAGUCAUUCUAAUAGGUGCAAUGUAUUAUCUCAUUGUGGUUUUGAUUUGCAUUUCCCUGUUGAGCACUUUUUCAUAACCCCUAAUUAUCCACAUAUGUAAUCUGCAAAUAUUUUCUCUCAUUUCGUAGGUUGCCUUUUCAUUUUAUUGGUGGCUUGUCUGCUUGGUCUUGUUUUUUGUUUUUGUUUCUGUUUUUUUUGCUGUGCACAUGUUUUCAAUUUGAUAUGGUUGCACUUUUUUAUUUUUGCUUUUGAUACCUUUGCUUUGGUAAGGCAAAAAAUCAUUUGCCAAGACUGAUGUCAAGGAGUUUACCCCCUAUGUUUUCUUCCGGAAGUUUUACAGCUUCAGGUCUUAUGUUCAAGUCUUUAAUCCAUUUUAAGUUGAUUUUUGGGUUUGGUAUAAGAUAGGGGUCCAAUUUCAUUCUUUUGCAUGUAGCUGUCGUUUCCCCAACACCAUUUAUUGAAGAGACUGUCUUUUCCCCACUGUAUAUUCUUGGUUCCUUUGUCGAAAAUUUUCAACUAAAUAUGCAUGGAUUUAUUUCUGGGUUCUCUGUUCUAUUCUAAUGAUCUAUGUAUCUGUUACUAUGCCAAUACCAUACUGUUUUGACUACUUUAAGUUUGUAAUACAGUUUGAAAUCAGGAAGUGUGAUACCUCCAGCUUUGUUCAUCUUUCUCAAGGUUGCUGUGGCUGUUCGGAAUCUUUUAUGGUUCCAUACAAAUUUUAGGAUUGUUCUAGUUCUGUGAAAAAUGCCAUGGGAAUUUUGAUAGGAAUUGCAUUCAAUCUGUAGAUUGUUUGAAAAGUGUGAACAGUUUAACAAUAUUAAUUCUUCAAAUUCUCGAGCAUGGAAUAUCUUUCCAUUUACUUGUGUCUUCAAUUUCUUUCAUCAAUGUCUUAUUUUCAGUGUAUAGUUCUUUUACCUCCUUGGUUAAAUUUACUACUAAGUAUUUUUGAUGUGAUUAAAAAUAGGAUUAUUUCCUUAAUUUCUCUUCCUGAUACUGUUAACUUUUUUACUGAUGACCAAUAAAAGCCCAGGAGGAGAGAAUGGAGAAAAAAAUAAAAUACAAUAAAAUAAAUGCCUGUAAGAUAACAUUAAGACAUGAUUCAGUGAUGAGGCUCAUAUAGAAGACUGCAUUAAUUUUUACCAUAACUUACUAUAACUUACUAUAAUCGAAGAUGGCCAUUCACCCUUCACAGAGAAAAAGUUAUAUGGAUCUUCAUGUUUAUCUAAUGUAGAUAAUAGCCAUUUAUUUACUAAAAAUCUAUGAAGAAUUAAGAAGCAUCAUUUUAAAGAAAACAGUACACGUUGUAUAGAAAAUGUUACUGUUGUUUUUAGCAGAAGGGUCUCUAUAUUAGUUGACUUAGCUGAAGGUACAGUAUAGUACAAAUAGUCUCUCAACUUAAUUAGAAGGUUUGUAAUGCAAUGUCAUUUUCAUUAUAAGCAGAAUUUAUGCAUCCAAAUAUAACUUCUCAUAUAACAUUGAAAUUUCAUUUUAAUGCCAUUUACCAUGAAGUACAACUUGGAAUAAGACAGGUAUGUCUUGGAUUCCCUCCAAGGGGGCAUUGGUACCAUAAUCUCAAGGAUGGGCCCUGUGUCUUGUUUUCCUUUAUAUCCCUACUACCCAUCAAUGUCUGGCAUAUAGGCACUUAGAAAAUGUUUGGACUAAACGAUGGUAUCAGUUUUUGUUUUGUUUUUGUUUCUGUUUUGUUUUACCAUGUAAGUGAUUAUUAAAGGGCUUAAAGCUGCAUGCCUGAACAAAUUUCAAAAAAUCUGCCAUAGUGUUGUGGGUAGUGUUGGGUUUUCUUUUGGGGGGGGAAACAAAAGAAAAAUGUGUAGGCUGUUGCAUUUGUGUUUUGUUUCUUUUAAAAUCUUUUUAAAUGUGAAAAUAUGUUAAAGAUGAAAAUAAUGAACAGUGUCUUAUUUCUUCUUUUUACCAUAUUUUUCCAAAAUAAAUGUGAAUAGUACAUGACUCCUUAAAAUUAUUUCUGUGGAAUAGAAAUAGCUCCUUUUAGUGAGAGUCCUAUUAAUAUCAAAGCCAUAAAGAAGCAGCAAAUUCCAUUUUUAACCAAAUACACAGUUAAAAUUACGUUUCUUGUAUUUCCAGAAGCUUUUAACAAUCAUAUUUUUUAUGAUCAUUUUACUCAAAGGAUUGGGUUCCUGAGAAUAGUAGACCUAUCAGCAGAUUAGAAGAAAAACUUGCUUUAUCUUGUCAUUUUAGUAUUUGGAACCUAGCACCUAUAUUUUUUUGAAAAACAUUGAAAGAAUUUUUGAAUUUUCUUAAAUUUUUUUCAUAAUAGUAUAUUCUUUUCUCUGGAGAAGACAACAUUUGAAGUUAAGUACUCAUCUCAGAAAAAUGUAUUUCAUUUUUAAUUCAAUUCAGCAUUUACUGAGCUCUCAACUAUUUCAGAAGACUUUACCAGUCAGUCGGUCAGUCAGUCAACAAAUGUUUAGUACACACCUGGUAUGUGCCAGACACUGUUCUAGGCACUGUGAUGGGACACAGCAGCAGACACAGCAGAGUUCCCGACCUGAAGGAGAUUACAUUUUAGUCAGAGCUUAUGGACAAUUAACAAGCAAGCCAAAAAAAAAAAAAACCUAGUAAAUAAACAAAUAAAUGAUUUCAGUUGCUAGUUAAGUGUUGUGUUAUGACAAACAUUUAAGAUGACAGUGGGUUGAAGAGUUGACUGGGCAGGAAGUGAGAGAGCAGUGUGACUCUCCUUGAGCUAAUCGUUUUCCCCCUUUGAGGCUGCUUGGUCCUGUUACCACUACUGCCCAUCAUUGAACUACUUGAAAACAGCAUGCUUUCUUUGUACCGCAGAGCAAUAUAACAUCACCGACAGAGUCAUUUUCUCUAGGAGAAGUGAGUGGAAAUACACUAGUCCAACCACAUUUCUUGCCCCUUCCCUUAUUGCUCACUGGAUGUAAAAGAUGAAACUUCCCACCUGUUCAUGUUUAAAUGGAUAAAAGAGAAAGCAUUAAGUUUUCCAUUGCCAGUAGAUUAUAACUGUAAAUCUGUCCUGUAAUUUGGUUCAAGUCAGUUUCUACUGUAUAUUUUUAUACAUGUAUAUACCUACAUAUAUAGAUGUAUAUAAUAUAUACAUAUAAUCACUUAUAUGAAAAUGAUAUUAACUAAAAAACAAGCUCUUGGAAUAUAUCUAGAGAGUAAAGAACAUAAAAAUCUAAUAUAUCUGGUACGGAGGUUCCUCAAAGGUUAGAAAUAGAACUACCUUAUGAUCCAGCAAUGGCACUACUGGGUAUUUACCCAAAAAAUACAAGAACACUACUUCAGAGGGAUACAUGCAGCCCUAUAUUUAUAGCAGCAUUAUUUACAAUAAUCAGGAUAUGAAAGCAACCCAAGUGUCCAUUGACUGAUGAAUGGAUAAAGAAGAUGUGGCAUAUAUAUACAAUGGAAUAUUUUUCAGCUAUAAAAAGGAAUGAAAUCUUGCCAUUUACACGACAUGGAUGGAGCUGGAGAGUAUAAUGCUAAGCAAAAUAAGUCAGUCAGAGAAAGACAAAUACCAUAUGAUUUCACUCAUGUGGGAUUUAAGAAACAAAACAGGGCGCCUGGGUGACUCAGUCAGUUAAGCAUCUGACUCUUGAUUUUGGCUCAGGUCAUGAUCUCAGGGUCCUGAGAUUGUCCCAUGUCGGGCUCUGCAGACAUGGAGCCUGCUUGGGAUUCUUUUUCUCCCUCUCCCUCUCCCUCUGCCUCUCCCCUCCCCAGCUCAUGCUCUCUCACUCUCACUCUCUCUCUCUCUCUCAAAAAAAAUAAAAAAUAAAGCAAACAAGCAAGGAAAAAAGAAAUGAGAGAGACAAAGUAAGAAACAGACUCUUAAUUACAGAGAACAAACUGAUGGUUACCAGAGGGGAGGUGGGUAGGGGGAUGGGUGAAACAGGUGAUGGGGAUUAAGGAGAGCACUUGUCGUGAUGAGCAUCGGGUGAUGUAUGGAAGUGAUGAAUCACUAUAUCAUGCGCCUGAAACUAAUAUUACACUGCAUGUUAACUAACUGGAAUUAAAAUACAAACUUUUUUAAAACCUUCAUAUCUGGGGGUGCCUGGGUGGGGCUCAGCAGUUAAGCGUCUGCCUUCGGCUCAGGUCAUGAUCUCAGGGUCCUGGGAUCGAGCUCCGCAUCGGGCUCCUUGCUCGGCGGGAAGCCUGCUUCUCCCUCUCCCACUCCCCCUGCUUGUGUUCCCUCUCUUGCUGUGUCUCUCUCUGUCAAAUAAAUAAAUAAAAUCUUAAAAAAAAAAAACAACUUCAUAUCUGAAUCUUAGUUUUUCAGAUUAGUAUUUCCAUUCAGUAUUAAUAUUAGUGGAAAUUAUUAUUUCCGUUUGGAGGGUGCUUUAGGAUGUAUAAAAUACUUUCACAUAUUCAUCUCAUGGAGUCCUCAGGAACAAUGAUGUGAAAUAGGUACUCUUAUUAGCUUCAUAUAUUAUCUUCUAUGUGAAGGAACUGAGGCUCAGCCUGGCGAUUAGCACAGAACCAUAAAGCCAGGAAGUGUUAGAACUAGGUGCCCAGGAGUUAUGUCUCUGAGGCUGCUGUGCUUUCCAGUACACUCCAGCUACAAGUAGAUACUUUCAAGAGGAAGCAGACACAAAAAAUAGUCAGAAAUUGGUAGGAUUGUGAUUCUGAUGCUGUGGCUAACACAUCCGUGAGAAGUAAUCAACAGUGUCUUUUUUAACAACAGAAGGCUGCAGGGAUAAGAACAGAAAAAUGGAUCUCAGAUUCAGUCAGAAAACUAAUCAAUGAUUUUUAAAAGCAAAGUUUCUAAACAGCAAAGUGGCUAUGAUAAAAGUUUUGCAGUUAUCAAGGAGGGACAGAUUUUUUUCUUUUGGUUCUCAUGCCAAGAGCAUGUUCAAGUAAUUCUGUGAACAAAUAGGCAUUAGCAGUUCAAUAGGUAGUAAAGAUAAGUAAUAAAUUUGGGGAAACAUGAGGAUGCUAAAAGGAAUGAGGAAAAUACAAUAGAAAUAUAAUGAUAACAAAGAAAGGAAAAAUACAUUUCUCAUGAGAUGUUCCAACAACUGGGCAUUUCUAAAGUAGAAAGUACAUUUCUGUGCUCUCUUGGGAAAGGAAAGAUGGACACAAAGAAAGGAAGGUAUUUCAAGCGAAGAAUUACAGGCACCACAGCAAAUGCUUCCCCAGCACUCGCCGUUACUGGCUGGCGUAUUAUUAGUGACUGAAUGAACACAGAAAAAACAACAGGCUUCACCACAGGAGGAGAUCUUCAGAUUUGCGCUCUUACACUAGGCCCUUGCUGUGGUCACCAUAAACUCUCUUCUGGUGGACCUCUGGGGAACUAAUGCCAAAAAGCAUUUCAAGGAGGUCACUACCAUAGAAAACUAUUCCAAAGCAUUAGUUUUCUUUUUUUUUUUUUUCUGUUUUCUAAUUUUCUGAGUACCACUAGAUUAUACGCUUUUCAAGAACAAAAAUAAAUGUCUCAUUCACACCUAGCACAGUGCUUAGCAUAUAGGAGCAACUCAGUAAAUGUUUAUUGAACUCAACUAAAGUAUUCUAAAAUGCAAAAUCAGGGGACCCUGUCUGAAUCACUCAUUCAUUCAGAUACUCAACCAAAGCCAAAAACCUAAGUUUGAGUCUAGACACUGCCACUUGCCAAUUCGGUGACUUUGGGCAGUUCACAAUGGUAACCUCUCCAAGCCUUAGUUUCCAGGUCCAUGAUUUAGAGAGAACAGUUUCUGUCCUACUAACCCCAUUCGUUUAUUAGAAGUAUAGAAUCUGAGAGUACAUGUGAAGAUAAACCAGAAGUUACCACAUGCUAUACAAAAAAAUGUCUUUUUCUGUGGAAACAAUAGUGCCAAAAUGCCCGGGUGGUCAGCAGGUUUCUUGGUCAAACCUAAAUGUUGGGUUCCAGAAAGGUAAGCAGGCUUCUUAUGAGCAGGUCUUCUCAAUAUCUUUCACUUAGAAGUUAGUAUUGUGAAAGUAGGAGAACAGGCUAAAAUGGGAAUGAAUGUCUUUUUUUCUAUAUAAAAGAAAGCCCCCAGUUCAUAUAGGUUGUACCAAAAUAUUCCAAUACCAGUCACCCUCAUUUUUCAAGCAGGACCAUGUGGCAGGUACUACGCUUGCACUUUAUGUAUGUCAUCUUCAGUGCUCAUCACAAAUCGAGAAGUAGGCAUUAUUGCUGGUAGUCCCAUUCAUACAGAUGAAAGAGAGAAAGAAAGAUUACAGAACUUGCCCAGGGUUACAGCUAGUAAAUAGCAUUUUACAGUUAAGGAAAUAAGCACUGAGAAACAAGUGACUUAAAAUAGUAUUUGCUCUUUCUUUUCUCUCCUUUUUUUUUCCAACCUGCUACAACUCUCGCUGAUACCUGUAUUUCCUCUAGACCAGAAUUUUCCAAAGUGUGUUUUGUUAAAUAGAAGUCCAGAAAACUGUCCCAAGAAAACUCAUUGGCCAAAUAUGUUUGGGAGAUAGUGCACAUUGAAAUCCUCCCUUGUGGGGUGCCUGGCUGGCUCAGUCAGUGAAGCGUGCAACUCUUGAACUUGGGAUGUGAGUUCAAGCCCCAGGUUGGGUGUACAGAUUACUUAAAAAUAAAAUCUUUAAAAAAAUAACAAAAAAGAAAAAGAAAUCCUCCCUUCCUUGUGUCACAGUGCACAUUAGCACACUGAUACCUCCAAGAAAGGCUACAAUAAGGAGCUUUCCUUUGAACAUAACCUUGAAUCAACAGCUGUUAGUAUCCCACAAAGCCAGAGGUCCACAGAAUAAACUUUAAGAAAAGUUAAAUGUUGAAUAAGCUAAACAGUAAAUGCAGUAAUCAUUAUGCCAAUCAUUAUGCCAUUGUGCCAAUAGACAUGGAACACAAUCCUCUCCAUAAAAUAUAUGUAAAAUUAUUGGAAAUAUACAAUCUGAUAAUAUUCCUAAAUAUGUUCAACCAACUUCCUAGAGAUUCUUCAAAAUAAUUUUUUCCUAACUCUGACAGCAACUGAUAUUGUAACAAAAGAUGACAGAAAUUCAGGUCAUUUUUUCAUGUAAAAAACUGUACUGUAAAACAUAAAUGAUUGAAUGUAUUUUUUGGUACUGAAAAUUAUCCUGAUUAUUAAAUAUUAGUUUAAAUUGGUAAUUUUAAACCAAUGUAAUAAACAUUUCUACUUGGAGGAGAGGCCAAUGAUAGUCAAAACUGCUUCUUUCCAUUUCCUCCUCUAAAACCAGGAGAAAAAUGAAGAACAUUAAUUCAUUUAGUCCUAUCAGACUAGGAUUCUCCAAUUACUUAAGAGUUAUUUAAAAAUUCUUUUGAGUGAGGCUACUUUGGUCCCAGACUAUAUUUGAACUUCAAAUACUUUUUGAAUCAACUCAAAUAAAAAAUACUACAUUUUCUUCCUUUAUUCUUAGAAAACAUUAGGUACAUUGCCUAUUUUUGUUACUUCAUUGUCGUAUAUUUUGUUAAAAUGUCAGAGUUUAAAUUAUUAUUAUAUGCCCAUUAGUUCUGCUGCCUUGGGAUGUAAUGACUCAUAUUAGCAGUCUAUUUAAUAAAAAGGGUUGGUGAAUUUUUACUGAACUGUCCUUUUGGGACUAUAAUUUUUAACAUUCUCUGGAAGCUUUGCAAAUCCUUUAGUGAUAAAGUGCUCUUACAGUACUGUCUUUAUCAUUGACAAGUUGUUAAGAACCAGAACUGUCUAUUACCUGUAAAUGUUGAACAUAACACCAUGUUGAUCUGACAAGUUCCUUACUUGGAGAGUCACCAAGAAUACAUGAUUAGAAUGUCACCAUCUUAUAAGCAAAUAAGGUGAUUUUGUAAUCUUAUUAGCAGUAAUUUUAGACUGUUCUCUGCAAUUUAGUAGAUGAGUUCAUCUUUUUGAGGUAGAGUUACCCAACACCAUCCAAUUAAUAUAGACAUAUUCUUUUGCUAAAUUUUAAAUCAUUGCAGACUGUGGAAGAAGAGGAAAGACUGGUGUAGACUAAUGAGCUAUAAUCUAUCUCCAUAGAUUUUUUUACCUGUUCUUAAACUUUACAUAAAUGCCAUUUAGAGCAUAUACUUUUUUUGUGUUUGGCUUCUUUUACCUGAGAUUCAUCCAAAUUGUUAUAUGUAUCACUAGGUCAUUCUUUUUAAUUACUAAGUAGUAUCCAUUUUAUGAAUAUAUUACAAUUUUUAUAUCCAUUUCCUAUUGAUGGACAGCUGGACUCUGUCUGAUUUUUGGCUAUUAUGAAUAAAGCUUCUAUGAACAUUUUCUUACAUGCCUUUUUGUAGACAUUUGUUUUCUUAUCUGUUUGUUUUCUUAUCUAUUUCUUAUCUUUUGGACCAAUAGCUAAUAGCUAAGUCAUGAUGUAGAUAUAUAUACAUUUUAUUAAAAUCUGCCAAAUAUUUUUACCGAAGUGAUUGUACCAUGUUAUACUCCUAUUAGAGUUCUAAUUGAGUUGCUGCACAUCCUCACCAACAUUUGUGUUGUAGCCUUUUUAAUUUGAAUUUGAAUUGGAGUAACU